AUGCUGAUCUCGAGGUUAUUUGCAAGAUAGUGAUGUGUAAUUUUGGUAUUUUUCAGGGUGUGAAAUGCAAAAACGGUAAGAAUAAUCUAGGAUUCUACAGAGGAAUCCACCGCCAUUGUUGAGCUUGCUCGCUCCAGUGAUACAAUGGCGUCUCUCUUCGUCUCCCCGCAUCCUCCGCUCUUCGCCUGGAACCCUAAUAAGCCUCUCCUCUGCUUCUCCGUUCCCAAGACUCUCUCCUUCUCCGUUUCUCGAAACCCUAGGCAUUUCUCUAUCUCUGCCGUCGCCAAUGAUGGCCCUGAUUCCGAUCCUGAGAACGAGCCAUCGUCUAGUUUUCCAAGAAUCUCGGACGAGUGGGGGGAGGAGAAGGCAGAGACGGAUCCUGAGAACGAUCCAUCGUCUAGUGUGCCGAGAAUCACGGAUGAGUGGGGAGAGGUGGCUGAUUCGGAGCCGGAGAUACCUUCAGUGCCAGAUCCUCCCCAGAAUGAGGACGAGUGGGGGAGGGAGCCCGAUUUAGGGAAGUCCGAUGAGUUGAGGAACGGGAGCCCGAUGGCGGAGGCGGAGGAGGAUGACAAGCUCAGGGAUUUGAAACGGUGCUUGGUUGAUACUUUUUACGGGACGGAGUUGGGGUUUAGGGCUUCAUCGGAGGUUAGGGCGGAGAUCUUUGAGCUAGUUACUCAGUUGGAGACGCUAAAUCCUACCCCGGCGCCGAUCGAGGCAGCGGAGCUUCUUGAUGGGGAUUGGGAUUCUACUGUGAGUUUUCAUGAUGUUUUUUCACUGAAUAAUCAAAUGCUGUUGUACACUGCAUUCUCUGAACUUCUGCCACUUCUAGCAGUUGGUGUGAUACCAUUGUUGAAAAUUAAGAAGAUAUCUCAAUCAAUUGAUAGUAAAAGUUCCACUAUAGUUAAUGCUGCAGCACUCUCUAGCCCAUUUGCUACCUUCUCAUUUAGUGCCUCUGCUUCCUUUGAAGUUCAAACACCAUCAAGGAUAAAGGUGGAGUUCAAGGAAGGAAGCUUGCAGCCGCCGGAGAUAUCAUCGACAGUGGAUCUACCAGAGAACAUUGAUGUCUUUGGGCGGAAGAUUGACCUGCUACCGGUACGCCAGACACUGAAUCCUGUGCAAGAGGCAUUUGCAAACAUUGCGCACACCCUUUCCGGUCAGCCACCACUCAAAGUCCCAAUUCCGGGUAACAGGCUGGGGUCCUGGCUUCUCACAACUUACCUGGACAAGGAUCUGAGGAUUUCUAAGGGUGAUGGGGGCUUAUUUGUUCUUGCUAAAGAAGGCAGUCCGCUGCUGGAUCUGUUGUCUUGAAGAAGCCUUAUCAACACUCCCAACAGAUUCACACGCUUGUUAUAAAUGUCAUGUAUUUCGUUAUUACAGGCCAUUUUUUAUUAUAGCAAGGCUGCAUCUAUUUUCUCC